AUGUCCUCUGUCGUCCAAUGUACCUUCUACUACACAAGCUUUAAUUUCUUUCCCAUCUUCGUUGACAUCAUGGUUCUUGAAUUUCAUCUUUACAUGAAUACCGGACCCUUCAAACAGGACAUGGGCCGAUGCUUGGGACAGUACGUGGUAGUAUUCAACUGUUCUGAUCAAAUGGAUUUCCGCGGUCUUGGUCGAAUCUUCAAGGGACUUGCUCAAUCCGGUGCUUGGGGCUGCUUCGAUGAAUUUAAUCGAAUAGAGUUGCCUGUACUGUCCGUAGCGGCACAGCAAAUUGCAAUUGUCCUCUUCGCUAAACGGGACGGUCAAGACGAGUUCGUCUUCUCCGACGGAGAUGUAGUUCCCCUAAAUGCUGAAUUCGGAAUCUUCAUCACCAUGAACCCAGGGUAUGCAGGUCGUCAGGAAUUGCCGGAGAACCUAAAGAUCAACUUCCGUACCGUGGCAAUGAUGGUGCCAGAUCGACAAAUUAUCAUUCGUGUCAAGAUGGCUUCCUGCGGUUUUAUUGAGAAUGCACCCCUGGCGAAGAAGUUCUAUUACCUUUAUGGGCUUUGCGAACAACAAUUAAGUAAACAGGUUCACUACGACUUUGGUCUGCGUAAUAUUCUGUCCGUACUGCGGACCUUUGGAGCAGUACGACGUAGCAGUCCAGACGAGCCCGAGAAUAGAAUUGUCAUGCGAGUCCUACGCGACAUGAACCUGAGCAAAUUAGUCGAUCAGGAUGAGCCGCUCUUCAUGUCCAUCCUGAAAGACCUGUUCCCCGGUGUCGUACUCACCUCCGAUGUCCGCUAUCCAGAAUUAAUGGUUUCACUAGAAAGGAACGCCACUGAAAUGGACUUGAUUGCGCACAAACCAUGGAUGCUUAAAGUUCUACAGGUGAGUUGA